AUGCUUGAAGGAGCGGAAGAGCCGGGCGCAGUGAUUCCGGAAGCGGUACCUGCCGUUCUCGACCAUGAAACGCCAACAGGUCAGACGGUCCCUGAAACAGGUGCCACAGUCCCCGAAGAUAUGCUACCCUCAGUGGAUCCUGCCUCAGCACUUGAUUCAGAAGCGAAAAAUUCGGAAAAUCGAUUAUCGAUGAUCGAUCCAACGACUCCUGCUGCUGUUCCUGCAGCACCGUCGAUUGAUGCCGAAAAAGGGAACCCGGAAUUGAUUGAUAAUUUGGUAAGCUGA